AUGCAUAUAAAGCCUAGAAAUCAAGAUAUUCCUCAAUCGGUGCAAGGUGGGGAGAGUGAACCAUUCAUUGUUGAUUCAAAGUGUACUUCUAUAUGUGAUGGUUUCCAUGGACGCUCUUGUGCAAAAACAGUGUUAGUCCAAGUGUACCCAGAAAAUCGCCCAGAAUUAUCUGUGACUGUGUAUGCAAUGUUAGAUGGACAUUGUAAUAGAACAUUAGCAACUACAGAGUUAAUGGACUCUCUUGGUGUGAAAGGAAACGAAUUAAUGUAUAAUUUAAUGUCAUGUUCUGGGAGAGGACAAACUCUUGGUCGUCAAGCUCAUGGAUUUAUUGUACAGUCUCUUGACUCAUCGACAGUGUUGAAACUACCAACCCUCAUUGAAUGUCGAAGUAUUCCACAAGACGUCACAGAAAUUCCUACACCAGAGAUCGCAUAUCAUUACCCGCACCUUCGUUCUAUUGCUUCGGAAAUUCCGAAACAUGAUCCAAAUCAUCAAAUUGGACUUCUUAUUGGAAGAGAUUUAACAGACGCACAUUAUGUUUAUCAGCAGAUAACAGGACCAAAAAACCAUCCAUUUGCUCAGAAGACAUGUUUUGGUUGGGUCAUCAUUGGUGACGUCUGUUUGAAUGGUAAACACCUACCUGAAGUCAGUGUGAGGGAUCUCAGUGUAACAAGUUUCAAAACUAACAUUUUACCAAACGGUCGACCUACAAUAUUUCAACCAUGUGACAAAGACCUUCAAAUUCACAUCCAGUCAGUAGAAGGGGAGCUAGAUAUAUUCAGAAAACACAAAGAUGAUGAGGAAAUUGGCCUCUCGGUCGAAGAUCGUGAGUUUAUUCAUAUUAUGGAAAAUGAAAUGAAACUAGAAGAAGGAAACUGGACAGCUCCUCUGCCGUUCAAGAGGGAUAAGCCAGCAAUACCAAAUAACAAAGUUAUGGCCCUCAAGAGAGCUAUGGUUUUAGAUAGCAGUCUUUAUAAAAACUGUGAGAAAAGACAGCACUUUUUUACAUUCAUGGAAAAAGUUAUUCAGAGUGGCGCUGCAGAAAUUGCCCCAGAACUUAAAGUUGGACAAGAAGUGUGGUAUCUCCCAUUAUUCGGAGUUUACCAUCCUAAGAAACCAGACCAAAUACGUGGAGUUUUUGACUCAUCUGCAACGUACAAAGGAACAUCACUCAACAGUGUUCUACUUACAGGACCCAAUUUGACUAACAACUUAGUUGGUGUUCUGCUGCGUUUCCGAAAAGAUUCCAUUGCAAUAUCAGCAGAUAUUGAACAGAUGUUUUACUCAUUUCUUGUACGGGAAGACCACAGGGAUUAUUUACGCUUCAUGUGGUACCAGAACAAUGAUCCAAGUAAGCAUCUUGUGGAAUAUCGCAUGCGUGCACAUGUUUUUGGAAAUUGUCCAUCGCCAGCUGUGGCUACCUUUGGAUUACGCAAAAGUGUGGAGAAUUCCGAGCAAGAUAUCAAAGACUUUGUGAAUAACAACUUCUAUGUAGAUGACGCCUUAACAUCUGUUCCAAAUGCUUCGCAAGCGAUCGACCUAUUGAAAAGAACUCGGACUGCGUUGAAAACCAAUGGUAACAUCAAUCUCCACAAAGUUGCAUCAAACAAUAAAGAAGUGAUGUUAGCUUUCUCCAAAGAAGACCUGAGUAAAGAAAUCAAACAACUGGAUUUAGAGAAAGACCUUCUUCCUGUACACCAUAGUCUUGGUCUAUUAUGGGAUUUGUCAACUGAUAGUUUCCUGUUUGAUGUCAACUUCCCAGAGAAACCAAACACUAGACGUGGCUACCUGUCUAUGUUGCACAGCAUAUAUGAUCCUCUGGGAUUCAUUGGACCACUCGUUAUUUGUGGAAAAAUCAUCCUUCGCGAAAUUACGACAAAAUGUGAUUGGGAUGACGAUGUCGAUAGUUCAUAUGUACAUCGAUGGGAAUCUUGGAAAAGGUCCAUUUCAUCACUUCAGAACAUUUCCAUUCCUCGAAUGUAUAUCACAAAAUCUUUGAGCCUUUGUGACCAUGUAGAGCUUUAUGUAUUUUGUGAUGCCUCUGAACAAGCAGUGUCAGCAGUGUCAUACAUCAAAGUUCCAGAUGAGAUAAGGAGUGAAGUAUCAUUUGUGUUUGGCAAAGUGAAAUUGGCCCCUUUACAUGGACAUUCAAUGCCAAGAUUAGAACUUUGCGCUGCUCUUAUGGCAGUUGAAAUAGCAGAAACUGUUAAGAGACAUUUAAACAUUACUUUUGUCAACACAUGGUUCUAUUCCGACAGCAAGAUUGUGCUAGGUUACAUCAGUAAUCAUACCAAACGUUUUUACAACUACGUGGCCAAUCGUGUGGAACGCAUUUUACGAUCAUCUAGCCCUUUCCAGUGGAAUUAUGUAAAAUCUGAGGAAAACCCAGCUGAUGUAGGAACACGAGGAUUAAGUACAGCCGAAGACUUGAGCUGUAAGUGGCUUAAAGGACCUGAAUUUCUGCAUAUCAGCAAAGACCUUGUAAAAGAAUACUUUCCACUCGUGAACCCUCAUGACGAUAAAGAAAUCCGCAUAAAUGCAAACAAGUUAAUGUUGAAGACCGCAGACCUCACAAAUCGUUUUGAGAGAUUUUCUACAUGGAAUUCCCUAAUAUCUGCAGUUACAGUGCUAAAAACAGCUGCUAGAAAAUGGAAACAUAUGACAUUCGAUUCUUUAACCAUAAAACAAGAAAGUGAACUAUUUGUUGUGAAAGAAACACAGAAAACGUUUUUCUUAGAAGAACUCUUGUGUUUACAAGACCAGAAACCAUUGCCUCGAGACAGCUCAAUAAGGAAUCUAUGUCCAUAUUUGGAUCAGGACGGUAUUAUGAGAAUAGGAGGCAGAUUAAACCUUAGUGUACUUCCAAUGGAGCAAAAGAACCCAAUUAUCCUUCCUAGGAAAUCGCAUGUUGCAAAAUUGAUUGUGCUACAUUUCCAUGAAAAAACAGGUGCUCAUCAGGGAAGGCACAUUACGGAGGGUGUCAUAAGGAAUAAUGGCUACUGGGUGAUCGGUGCAAGGAAACUGAUUUCAUCAGUGAUUCAUAAGUGUGUUGUGUGUAAAAGAUUACGUGGAAACUUGAUGUCUCAGAAAAUGGCAGAUUUACCAUCAUCUAGAGUAACUCCAGGACCUCCGUUUAGUGCUGUAGGUGUGGAUACCUUUGGCCCCUGGUCGAUUGUGACACGUAAAACCAGAGGAGGUGUUGCUGAAAGCAAGCGAUGGGCUAUUAUGUUUACGUGUCUGACGACAAGAGCUGUUCAUAUCGAGCUGGUGGAAUCCAUGUCAAGCUCAUCAUUCAUCAAUGCAUUACGAAGAUUUAUUGCCCUCCGUGGAAACGUUUGUGAACUGCGAUCUGACCGUGGGACAAAUUUCAUUGGAGCUACCGGAGAUCUUAACAUAGAUGUGAUACAAGGUCCAGUAAAGCACUUCUUAGACCAGUCAAAGAUAAAGUGGAUUUUUAACGCCCCUCACUCUUCCCACAUGGGAGGAGUGUGGGAAAGGAUGAUAGGGGUAACACGACGUAUCUUAGAUGCUCUACUAUUAGGACCAAAGGGAAAGAAUCUCACUCAUGAGGUUCUUAGUACAAUGAUGGCCGAAGUGACAGCAAUCAUGAACUCUAGACCGAUUACUACGAUAUCAAGCGAUCCAGAUAUGCCUUUUGUGUUGAGCCCUGCAAUACUAUUGAAUCAGAAAAUAUCGGGACAUUUCUCUACCUGUGUGAAUGUUAGCAUUCGUGACCUGUAUAAGGAACAGUGGAAACAAGUGCAAGUACUUUCCGAUUUCUUCUGGAAGCAGUGGAAUGAUCAAUAUCUUCAUACCUUACAGUCUCGCCGUAAGUGGACCACUGAAACACCAAACCUUAAACCUGGGGAUGUUGUGAUCGUUAGAGAUAAAGAUAUAGCGCGAUGCCAGUGGCCUGUGGGACUUGUGGAGGAAGUUAUCCAAAGUGCUGAUGAACUUGUGCGAAAAGUCCGCGUACGCCUUAUUGUGAAUGGGAAACCAUGUACUUAUAUGAGACCUAUCAGUGAACUAAUUCACCUCAUUGAAUAG